AAUGUCAACAGUAGAGCAGAAAAACGUGAGAGAGAGAUCGAGUUCAAGAAGGAGUGGAUCAUCCUAACACAAGCAGGGACUAUUUCAUCAUAAUUUUACUUUUAGUUGAGUGAAACGCGAUGCCUUUCCUCGGACAGGACUGGAGGUCCCCGGGUCAGAGUUGGGUUAAAACCGAAGAGGGAUGGAAAAAGACAUCAACAGAGGACAAAAACAACAAUGUGUCUGUGGAGAGCUUCUGCAAAACCGAGGAGGAGGAGUGUUUCAACAAGGAGAACCUGCUGCUCUCUCUCAGCUAUGACAUGGCUGCCAAGAAGAGGAAAAAAAACCUAAUGAACAACAACACCAAAGUCCCAUAUUUCCACAGGGAAAAGUGGAUUUAUGUUCAUAAAGGAAGCACCAAAGAGCGCCACGGAUAUUGUACACUUGGAGAGGCCUUCAACCGCUUAGAUUUCUGCAGCGCCAUCAAGGACACCAGGAGAUUUAAUUACGUUGUCAGACUCCUGGAGCUUAUCGCCAAGUCCCAGCUCCCCUCGCUCAGCGGAGUGGCGCAGAAAAACUACAUGAAUAUUCUGGAAAGGGUGGUACAGAAAGUUCUGGAUGACCAGCAGAAUGUUCGUCCAAUCAAGGAGCUGCUGCAGACGCUCUACGUGUCGCUAUGCGUCCUGGUCCAGGACAUGGGCAAGUCAGUGCUGGUGGGGAACAUCAACAUCUGGGUGCAUCGUAUGGAGAACAUCAUGCAGUGGCAGCAGCAGCUUGACAACAUCCAGAUCAACAGGCCUGCAUCUACAGGCAUGGCCCUGACCGACCUGCCUGCCAGUCUGCAGCUGAACAUCAUGCAGCGUCUGUCUGAUGGCAGAGACCUGGUCAGCCUGGGGCAGGUGUGUCCUGAGCUGGGGGCCCUCACUGAGGACCGGCUGCUGUGGAAGAAACUCUGCCAGUACCACUUCACGGACAGACAGAUCCGAAAGCGCCUCAUGGUGUCAGAUAAAGGUCAUCUGGAGUGGAAGAAGAUGUACUUCAAACUGAGCCGCUGCUAUCCUCACAGAGAGCAAUACAGCGACACCCUGCACUUCUGCACACACUGCCACAUCCUUUUCUGGCAGGACACAAAACAUCCCUGCACAGCAAACAACCCAAAAAGUUGUACCACGUCGCUCUCCCCACAAGACUUUAUCAACCUUUUCAACUUCUGACACCCUUCCUCUGCUCUUAAAUACAGAUGAACUGAUGUACAUACUGUACAUAGAGAUGUACAAUGUUGUUUUUCUUUUGUAGCACAAUGAAUUGCUGGAUGUGUGUUUCGUUGAGGUAUGACUGGAGGCAGCGGGACAAUUAUGCAAUCGAGUUUGUUUUGAUAGAGCACAGAGGCUUCUGGGAGAGUUCACAGAAGGAGCGAGCAAGUGUGACAGAGAGGAAAGGAGAUGUAGCAGCAGUCGGUGACUGGACGGAGGAAAAGUGUACAAAGGGAAUACUCAGCUGUCAGAUAAUAGUCUUAGUUUACUGGAGUUUUUUUCAGACACAUUGAAAGUAAAACACAACUUUUCACCUUUUUAGAUGUGGACACUUAUUUUUCCCAAAUUUUACGAAUUUUAUGUAAUUUUUUUGUUUGAUCUUCUUUUUUUCCACCACAGAAAGUAGGAAAAAUACACUUUCUUUAAAGUUUGAAAUAGUUUUAUUUCUUCUAAGGCUGGAUUGUGAUGUGUUUGAUACUCAGAUGAAGUUUGACAGGGAUGGAGAGAAGGAAAUGUUGAAUUUCUGCAGCACCUGAAGAGAUAAUGGAUGUAAGCGAGGGAGUCAGAAACUGCUCAUUAGACCGACUGAUGAUUCUUUGAUAUGUAGAUGCACCAGGGUUUUUUUAUUUUACUUGUUUUUUUCACUUUAAUAAAGAUUUGAUAUGACUGUUUUGUUCUUUUUUAAAAUCGUGUGUUAAUUUUCAGCUGUAGCUGCUUUAGCAGCAGCGUCUGAGUGCAGUAUUACCAAAAACAUCCAUGUCAGUAUAAUGUCAGUGUGUGUGCCUUCUCAUGAAACUUGAAACCGGUACAGUUUAAUCCUUGUUUUUGUUUUCCAGAUUAUGUUGCUGUUUUGUUUCUACAUCAUUAGUAAAUGUCUCAUUCACAGACGAGUGUUUACUAGAUACCAAAAUCAAUUGUUUGCAUUAUUUUCUCUAGCUCCUGCAUGGUUUUUUAAACACCCAGCUGGGAUUACUUAUUUAUUUAUUGAGACUAUUUUUGUGAGCGUCUCAGCUUGAAGGAAUGGGAAUGUAUGAAUAACAGUGCAAUUUAGACACAGACUUUCCUCUAUCGCUGCUCAGAUGUUGAGGAUUGAUGUACAUGCUAUGCAAUAUGUUCUGUUUCAUGUUCUGUUGAGUAAAUAAAAGAAAAUUAACUCAA